GAUCUGGAUCUGAAUCGUGUGGUAAUCAAAGACAAAACAGGACGACGAAAGGAGUACGAUAUGAAUCCGCAUGAUAAGCUGUGGAUGAACCAUAAAGGAAGCUCAUUUCCACUGGUAGCUGAAGCGAUACAGCAAGAAGUUGAAGCCUAUAAAAAUAGUGAGGACGAAAUCAAACGCCUCAAGCAUGCUAUGGGUAUGGAUGAUGUGGAAUCCGAUGAAACAGUGAGUUUGCUGAGCGAUGCUACGGCAAAAUUGACGUCCACGGUCGGAUCGCUUCCGGAACUGCUUGAAAAGAAACGCUUGAUUGAUUUGCAUACAACCGUUGCAACCACUGUUCUUGAUCAUAUCAAGCAAAGGAAGCUUGAUGUGCUUUUUGAAGCGGAGGAAAAGAUAAUGAAUGGUCAGUUGAGUGAUACAAGUGUGCUGGAGCUGAUGCGUCAGUGCAGUGACCACCAGGAUGCUCUACGGGUCAUGCUCAUCAAUUAUCUUUGUUCCACUAAUAUCAGUGCGGUAAGCGGGGUUUUUCUUUGCAACGCUUUAAACCCUCUAAAACUACUGUUCAACGAUCCUUUUCAAUUCAGCUAAAA